AUGCCUAAAAGAGCAGGGUUUGGUGAUUUGGAGCUAAGGAUAUUGGUUAUAGGGAGCAGUGGUCCAUCUCAGUUCCUUCUCACCAACUUCAUUUUGGGCAGAGAGGAGUUCUCAGAGGAAGUCUAUAGCAUUGCGAGCAGCCAGAAAAAUGUAGGAGAGUUGGUAGGAAGACGAGUCGCGGUUGUCAAUGGACCGAACCUGUAUGACAAAGACAUGUCCAAGUCCAAGAUGAGGAAAGAGCUGAGAAGGUCCAUGUGCUUGUCAGCUCCUGGACCUCAUGCCAUUCUCAUCGCUUUCGAACUGGAGAAGAUCUCACCAAAUGACUUGAAGACCCCCAAGCUGGUUAAGAAUAAAUUUGGGGAGAAUGUGCUGAAUUACUCGAUGAUCCUCUUUGUUUAUGAUGGGCAUCUGAGCUCUAGAGCACUCAAUGAUAAAGUCAUGCGAACUGACUGGCACCUGCGGGAGCUCGUGGAGCAGUGCAGCUGCCGCUAUCACAUCUUCAGUAAAAACUGGAGAAACCCUGCUGCAAACAGGGAACUAAUACAUAAGAUUGAGCGCAUGAUCCAGGCUUUGGGCGGACACCAUUAUAUUAAUCGAUCUUACAAAAGGGCAGAGGAGAGCGUCAGGAAUGAAGAGAGAAAGCUACGCAACAAGAAACAGUCUGAGACCAAAAGGACAUGCCGGGAGCUGGAGCAGCAGUUCCGGGGUGAUGAGCUUCGCUGGCAGAUUGAUGCCUACAAUGCGAGUGUUGGGGCAGAAAUCAGGGCCAAGGCUGAACUGCAGAACAGUUGGCUCAGGACUUCACUAGCUGUGGGACUGGGACUGGGGUUUGUAGCCGGAGCAGCUAUGGGAAUGAUCGUGGGCUCUGUUGAAGGGCCAGCAGGAAUGGCGGUGGGCGGGGCUGUGGGUGGAGUUGUAGGUGGGGCUUCAGGUGCUGCUGCACAGCUGGCCAUUGAACACAUAGAUGACAGAGUGGGAUCACAUCCCGGCAGUUUUAACACAGCCUUUGUAAAUCGCUUCUACCGGGCACCUCCAAUCUAA